GGUAACAUGGAUGCCUUCCAAGCAUUCGCUCCGGGUUCGACUCCCGGCUGAUGCAGUUUUUAUUUAGAUUUAAAUUUUUUUUUCUCUAUGUAUACGCUCUAUGUUCUAUAACCGUUUUGUACUUAACCAAACCAUCUGUUGCACCGCGUUUUAAAACACUGCUCAGCUAAAACACGAUUCAAAGCAACGAAAUAUUCAGUUGACAAUAAAUUCGUAAUGUCUGUCUUCUUCGUUUCAUGAUGUAAACGUUGCAAACAAGGAUCAAAUAGUCGACAGUGAACAGUGGACAGCGGACAAUGGGUUUACAAACAUUAGAUCCGUUAGUAGCUAACCCCUUGUCUCUUUCAUUUAUAUUCCUCAUUGACAUGAGUUCUCUUUCUUUCUUUCUCAGGGUACAACCGCUUUAUCUCUUGGAAACUACUUGAAGUGAAUGCUCCAACUGCAUGACUAAAACGUUACUAGUCCUGAGCUUUUUCGUACUUCAAUGAAAUGAUAUAAUCUGCCUUGCCGAAAAAGGAAAUAAUUUCAGGAAUGAAAAUUUUAACAUUUCAUCAACAACAUGUGACAGACGGAGCUGUUGCUACUAUUUGAAUGACAAAGAAGUAAAAAUAAAAUACGUAAUUGACCUCGUGAAGAGAUGAACAAAAGUGAAGUGAUAUUCUUGAUUUGGACAAAAUGAACAGCUAUAUAUAGAUCUCUCUUUUCUUUUUCUUGAUCGAUCAUCGAUCAUCGAAAAAAGGUAUUCCCUCGAUGCGCCUUCUCACCCUCUUUUCUGCCUUUGUUUCUCUUUUGGCUGCUACCGACCAGGCAACAGCUUCUGUUUCUGUUCCGUUGAGACGAGUUGUAAAAACCCCACAUUCAAAUGCAACUUCCAACGUGGAACACCCAGGUUCUAGUAAUGACACAAAAAUCAAACGUUCCGAGUUGCAAGAACCAUUGGGUGGACGUCAGUACGGUAUAGGAUAUGCUAUAGAGAUUGGUUUUGGUACACCACCACAGAAGUUCAAUUUGCUUCUUGAUACAGGAAGUGAUGUACUGUGGAUUCCUAUGGAAGGUUGCAAUGGCAAUAUUUGCAACAACAAUCCAGAACUAUAUGAUCCUUCCCAAUCAUCUACUGCCUACAACACUGGUGAAACAGCUUGGAUUAGCUACGUAUCGGGCAAGACUGUAAUGGACGUAUAUACCGACACAUUUCAUUUUGGGGAUCUUCAAAUUCCUAAUCAGAGAUUUGGUGCUGCUACAACGGCAAACAUGUACAAUACUUACGAAGUAUACGGCACUAGUGGGAUUUUGGGUAUGGCACGCGAUCAGUGGGAUGGAUUGAAUUCUUUUGUUGAUCUUUUCAAUAAAAGUCUUAUAACGCCUGCAACGGUAUCCUUUAAUUUUGCCCAAAAUCCCAACGAUAGCACCUUAAUACUUGGUGAAACUCCGUCUGAGCUCAGCAACAGAGGUGUCAUCUGGUAUGACAAUGACAAUUGCGCUGAUCAUAAAUUUUGUGUAACGGCGAGUAGCAUGUGUGUUGUAGACAAAGAUGGAAAUGAAAACUGCGUUUUAGAAAGCGACCAUACAUACAGUGCUCUAUUAGACACUGGUGCUACAAUAAAUUUGGUGGAUACUCAAGUUGGUGCUGCUCUUAAUCGUUUCUUAGGCGUUUCAGAAGAUGGUAGUAUGCCUUGCGAUGGACCUGAUAUUUCAUUCGUGCUCAACGGAAAGAAGUUCCAAUGGUCAGUUAAUGAUUAUGCAACAGAAGACAAUGGUGUUUGCUGGUCGAAUUGGGAUGUGGACAAUAGUCUUGAUGGGACGUAUCAAUUUAAUUUUGGUGAUGCUUUUUUCACCAAUAUCUAUACUUCUCUUGACUACGAUAACAACAAGGUUGGACUUGGACCUAUUAAUUAGUUUAAGGAACUCGCUUACCUUUUUAAUAUAUAAGAAGUGUUAAUAAGACUCAUUAAGUUUACUAUGUACUCUAUCCAAGGCUGGCGUAACACACAGGCUGAUUCUAGAAACGAAAGUGAAAGUGAAAUUCAAUAUGUACGACAAUGAAGAAUGUAAUGUUGAGUUAUUUGAUUCGUUUUGACGAAUUACACCGAUAAACAGACAGCUUCGAAUUAUACAGUCAGUUUAUAGGAGUAAUUAUCUAUGUACAUUGUUUUCUGGAAUGGAAUGGAAUGGAAGGACUAUAUAAAUGAAACACCAAAUAUAUAUGUAGUAUUUGCUAAACUUUCUUCAUAUCUUGCGAGUAUACUUAUUAAUUCAUGUGCAUUGGUAACACAGGUUUGCCAUUCAGAUGCGCAAGCCUUUAAAUUGUACUUGGAGUCUUUUUAACGACAACCUUCCUUGUUUUACGUUAUUUUUGCAUUUGGGGCAAUGAUUUCCAAUUUGGUGUUUUGUUUGUUUGUUUACUAACGAGUGACAUGUUUGUUUACAUAGUUAUGUAAACAACUAAUCUUAUAAAUAGAGCCAUUUCAUACCAAUUAUUAUUCAUUCACCGACAAGAACAGUUUUGUGAGUAAUUGAUUCAAUUUAUUUUUCUUGC